GCUUUUUGAAGGAGGGAAGGUUGGUGUCAAAGAUGUGAAAAAUUUUGUAGAAGCCGCUGGAAUAACACUGACACCUAAAGAACACUUAUUACUGAUGAGCGGUCUACCAAUUGAUGAUGAUGAAACUAUAUAUGAAAGCAGGUUGAUAGACUGUCUGAAAUCCUUCGAAGGUGGGACAAUUGAUGUCAAUAACUUAGAAAAUGUUUUGGAAAACUUGAAAAUCAAGCUCUCAGACGAGAAACUAAAAGAUCUAUCAGAAAACCUUCCAGUUGAUGGCUCUGGGAAGACUGAUCUGCAGAAACUGCUAAGAGAAGUGAGAAAGCUCACAGGAGGAAAAAUUGAUUCUAAAGUCACACAAAGACUGCUGGGGGACAUGGGCAUAGAGCUCACAAACAGGGAAGUCAAUAAGCUGAUGAAAAGUCUGCCUAUCGCUGAUGAUGGGAAAAUACUUAAAAACAUAUUACUUGACCAUAUGAAGUGGUUUUCUGGGGGAAAGUGUCGUGUCUCUAAACUGGAUUCCAUCCUAGAAGAACUGGGCUAUGAGCUGGAGGAGGAGGAAAUUGAAGACCUGAAGAACCGUCUGCCAAUUGAAGAUGGGAAAGUUAAACUGAGUAAGAUGAUGAAAAAUGUAGAGUCACUCACAGGAAGCAAAGUGAAUGUUGAUGAACUAGAUAAUGUCUUGAAAAACAUAGGGCUAGAGUUCACGCCGAAGGACCGUUGGGGGCUGCUGAAGACUCUGCCUGUCACCUCUGAUGGUAACGUGUAUCGCAACCGACUGUGGGAUGGUGUAAAAACUUUUCACAGCUGGAAAGGUUUUAUGAGUAAACUAGAAACCAUUUUGGAAAACCUGAACUACAAUGUUGGGAAAGAAGACAUGGAAGGUGUACGGAGCUUCCUGAAAUCUGAUGGUACUGGGACAUUCUCACCGAGCUCCUUGGCAAAUGCAGUCCAUUUGUUUUCUGGUGAUAAAGUAAAUGUUGAGGAUAUACAGCCAUAUCUGGAAAGCUUAGGCAUUGAAUUAACAGACAAAGAAAGCAAGCUGAUACAGAGCAUAGUUCCAGUCGUUGCUGACAACAUGGUGUAUACAAAUGUGUUAAUGGACAUACUGCGGACUUGCAGAAGUGGAAAAGUCAAUCUUGAUAAAAUUGAUGAUGCUCUUGAACAACUGGGAUACCCUCUUGAGGAAGAGGAAAUAGAGGAAUUGUCUAAAAAUCUGACAGUUAAUCAUGAGAAGGCAAUCCGCAUGGACCUGCUUCUGAAAGAGGUCGGUACGGUGUUAGGGGAAGAAAUUGACUAUAGUGACAUGGACAAUGUUCUUAAAAACAUUGGGUUAAGACUCCACUUAAAAGAAAACAAUGUAUUGAUGAAAGGCUUGCCACUUGAUGCUGCCGGGAAGGUGUAUAAGCACAAACUGAUGGAUGACAUCUUGUCCCUCAAAGGAGUUCAGCUUGAUUUGAAAAAGAUAAAGAAUUUCAUGGAAAAUAUGGGUUAUGAUCUUGAGAAGAAUGAGUACGCCGACCUGUUAAAUUACCUGCCCAUUAAUGAUGAUGGGAUGGUUAAUGUGAGUGAGGUCAUAGACAAAGGGAGUCUUUUUACAGGUGAGAAGAUUGACCUUGUUGAGCUGGACAAUUACCUGGAAAGCAUAGGGAUAAAGCUCACAGAAGACAAGAUGAUGAAACUGCUGGGCAAACUGCCAGCUGACGCUGGUGGGAAGGUGUACAAGAAAAGACUGAUAAAAGAACUGGAGAAUGUUGAAGGGAUAAAGAUACUUUCAAAUAAGGUGAAAGAUUUCAUUAAAGAAGCAGAAAUUAAUCUCGAUGAUGAAGACAUCCAGAUACUGAUGGAUCGUCUGCCAGUUGAUCGUAAUGGGAAUGCUGAUUUCCGUGUGAUGAUGAAUGAAAUUAAAAAGAUUACAGGAGAAAAGAUUCAUGUAAAAGACGUCAAAAGUGUUCUGGAGAACAUGGGGGUAGAAUUAACAAGUAAAGAAAACAAAAGGCUGCUCAAGACUCUGCCCAUCUCUGCUGGCAAAACUCUGUUUAAGAAAGAAUUACUGUCUGGUGUGAAGUCAUUCAAAGGAGGGAAGGUUAAUGUCCAUGAUGUGAAAAGUGUUCUUCAAAACACUGGUUUCAAGCUGGAAGAGAAAGAAAUGAAGGACCUGCAGGCUCACCUGCCAGUGACUGAACAUGAAAAGGUAGAUUUGGAUGUGUUGAUGGAUGCAGCAAAAUCUUUCACAGGAGAAAAAGUUGAUGCCAAAGACAUAAGAAACUCUCUGGGAAGCAUGGGAAUUGCACUCACUCAAAGAGAAGAGUCGAAGCUGUUAAAAUCGCUGCCCAUCACUAAGGAUGGAACCGUCUAUAAGAAAAGAUUACUGAGCAGUGUGGUGCCCAUCAAAGGGAAAAAAGUCCACGUCUCUAAGCUACCACUCAUUUUGAAGACUGCAGGAUUUGAACUUGAGAAGGAAGACUAUGAGGACCUGAUAAAUCAUCUGCCUUUCGAUGAAAAUGAAAUGGUUGAUUUAAAUGUGUUAAUGGAUGAAGCAAAAGCUUUUACUGGGAAGAAGGUUGGAGUCGAUAACGUAAAGCGUGUGCUAAGGAGAGCGGGGCUGGUAUUCCCUGACAAAGCGUACAAGGAUCUGCAGAAAUUCCUGGAAGUUUAUGGUGGCGGGAAGAUAUAUAAGAGACGACUGCUCAAGUAUGUAAAGGAUCUCGAAGGGUCAUGGGUCAAAGUAAAAAAAGUGGAAUCUUUCUUGGAAAACCUGGGAAUUAAGAUCAAAGAUGAUGAACUUGAAGAACUAAUGGCCCAGCUACCAUCUGAUGGUAACAGAACAGUGGAUAUAAAUGAACUGAUAGAUGACAUCAGUUACAUCAAGGGAGAAACAAUUGACAGCCAGAGCUUGGAAAAGUUCCUGGCAAACGAGGGGAUCGAGCUCACCAAGGACGAGAUGAAAGACCUGAUGCCUUACCUGGAAUUUAACGGAAGCGGGAAGGUUACCGUCCAAUCAAUAAUAGAGGGCCUGAGGAAGUUUAAACCCAAAGGAAUGAUGAACCUGCACAAGCUGUUAAGAACUGCCAACAACAUCAAUGAAAGAGUGUCUGGCCCCAUGGCAGUUUCAGGAAUUAAAUCAACACUGAAGUUGAAGCCCCUCAAAGCACCCGUCUUUCACAAAAGAGAUAGAGAUUUACGAGGAUCUCUUCCAAGUCACUUACAACAUAAAGAUGCAAAGCUGAACUCUUCACAACUGGAAGCCUUCCGAAAUGCUUACAACUUCUUCACCAAGGAUAAGACUGGCUGUAUUGAUUCACAUGGAUUGAUGAGCACCUUAGCUAAAUUCGGGAUGAGUCUAAACACAUAUGAUAUCUACAAUGAAUUAAAAUGUGCUGAUCUUGAUGGAGACGGUAAGAUCAACUUCUCAGACUUUGUAGGGGUGCUGACAGAUAAGAAACUCUUCCUCAAGGCUGUGGUUCCUGAAAAGAAACUGUGUUUAGAUUUAGCUAACAACCCCGGGAUCUUAUUAUUUGAAAUCCUAUCAAAACUUGUAGAGACUUCAUCCCUGCACAGAAAGGAUAUAAUAGAGCUAGUAAGUUAUUUCCGAAAAAAAUUCCAGGAAAGCCACUCGGAAAUGCCAUGGAGUCCAUAUGGGAGACGGGGCUUUAGGACAGAUAUAUGCACUCCUCCGCGCUCAAGCACUGCUGCCUUUGCCAAUUCUGCCAAGAUCUCAAUAAUGAAAGAAAAGGAUUUGUAUAAGUUUCUUGAAGUACUCAAGCGGUGUGAUUUCCCUACAGGUAGCCCGUACUCAAAAAUACCUGUCUUUCCGUUGUUCCCUGAUAUGGACGGGGUGGUGAUGGGAAAGCCACUCAAAGACAUACAGAAGCUAGAGCUGCUAAGGAAAAAGGAGCCUCUGAGUUUCUUCGAGGACUAUUUUUUCCAUAAAAAAGAUUGGAAAGCACAGGCCGCGGCUGUGAAGCCCGUUAGGUCUGCCUCGGGCUAUUCAGAUGACAUCCUAGGCAUUGACCACCUCUUCAAGAAGAAGCAGCACUGGACCGUGUCCGAUGCAGCGGCCCUCAAACAGCAUGUAAAAAGAGCCACAGAUGCCUAUAACUUAGGAAUUGCCCUCGAGCACCGGAAAGAAAUGCUGAAUCUUUGGAGAAAGAUCCGAGGGGAUUUGAUUGGGAUUGAGACCAACAACGAGUCCUUCUACAACACCUUCUCCACGUACACAUGGUCCUGGAACGUCUGCCAGGAGCUGCUUUCCGCUAAGGACUUGCGGCUGCACGACACCUACGUGAACAAAAACUCCUCCAGCAAUUCUGGGCUGUCUUCCCCAUCAGACCUCAGCGAGUAUGACCUGGAUACAGGACGGAAAAGGAAACGGAAAGGUUUCAGAGGGUUUCGGCAAUGAAAUGUCUACAUUUUCUAAACAACGCUUAGAAAACUGCUUUCCAUAGUUAUCAAAAUUAUGGUUUCUUGCUUUUACCGACUACAUUCUUAGCAGGUGGAAAUUUUGACAUCUUUUGGAUUCCGGCCAGUAAAAACCUUUAAAUCAUA